AUGCGAACGGCGGGUUUCAAAGGGAAACUGCAAGAGGCCCUAGUAGAGCCGUCCCUUUCGAGCAACAGUUUGCCGGAAGGUCACUGGCCGAGCAGAGGCGGUUUCAGCAGAGAGGUGAAGGGAGAGAAAGACAUGAGGAAAAACCGAGAUAUCCGAGAAGAGACUCCCAUGGAGUGGCUCGAGAUCAGCCAGCAGAGCGGUUCUCGCAGACUAGGGGUGACCGAAGCUCGUUCCCAAAGUUCUCUCCGAGAAGCUGGAGAGCGGUAUGCACCGAAGCACCUUUCAGGGCAACCUCUCUCAAGAAAUGCUGAACGCUAUGUUUCGGGGCAUGCUAGACAGGAGUUGAUGUCUGCAAAUAGGCAUGUGACUGUGCCUCUAUCGGUUCCUCGUUCCUCGGCUGCGUCAGAAUUCCUCUAUGGAACAUCCGCCGUCAAAGCCGCCCUUCAAGCUGGAACUCGAAAGCUUUUCAAAUUGUACAUUCAGCAAGAAGCCAACGGAACAGACCAACGAGAAGGAGACAACGAAGUCCUCCAGCUUGCCCGGAAAUGUGGCGUGGCUGUAAAACAACUUGGUGCGCUUGCAGACGACUCGCGACUUCUGAGCAAGAUGGCUCAGGGAAGGCCACACAAUGGAUAUAUCUUGGAGGCGUCACGACUACCGAAUACGCCAGCCAGGGCACUUGAUACAGUUGAAAAACCAGGAGAUGGAUUCACCUUUACUCCUGACCAUCAAUCUGACGAAGAGAUUGCAGUGAACGGCACUUCAUGCAAGAUUUCGGCUAGCAAUGGUCGCUAUCCUUUUGUCCUCCUGCUAGAUAGCAUCCUAGAUCCCGGCAAUCUUGGCGCCAUCAUUCGUUCUGCAGCAUUCUUCGGCGUUGACGCAAUCGCCCUGAUCGACUAUAACCUUGCUCCAUUCUCCCCAGUCACUCUCAAAGCAUCUUCAGGCGCCGCAGAAUAUAUGCACUACUUGAGGAUCAAGAAUGACAUUAAUUUCGUCAAAAGAUCGCAGAGUAAUGGAUGGAAGUUUUUUGCCGCUGUUGCUCCGAAGAGUGCGUCAGCCAGUCGAGCAGGGCCUAGCGUUUUUCGGUUACAAGAGGCUGAGGAAGCCCUGCUGAAAGGCCCUUGCGUACUGAUGUUUGGUGGGGAAGGUGAUGGCCUCCGUCCUCGAUUGCAAAAGGUUUCCGAUGGGAUAGUUGGUAUUGAGGGAGCCGUCGGGGCGAAGACUGGAUCUGGUUUGGACAGCCUUAAUGUUAGCGUCGCAGCUGCAUUGAUGAUGCAAGUUUUCGUAAAGGGAUCCACCACGAAGGCUAAGACGGAGAACUUGGAGGGAGAGGUGUCAAGAGAAGAUGAGCUGCUCUUCUGA